UAAAAAUGUAUGAUUGGAUAGAUCGAUGUGCUUAUUCGGUAUAAAGUAGCUUCUCACAGCUUAUGCGAGAAAUGUGAACAAUUGUUUUCUUCUGGAUGUACAAGAACCCUAUGAACAAUACAAAACCUCGCAACUUGGCCACCAAGGACGGAUACUCACCAGCGGGUAAAGUCCCUUUGUAUUGGAGGAUUUGUACACAAUGGCGUAUCAGACAAGCCUUCGUCAUCCUGAUCUGGGUCUUCGCCUCCAUCUACAUCUGGGUGUCCAGCCAGACGUCAUGUGACCCCAAACACAACCUUGACCCCGUGGAGUCGGCGGGCCGGAACUCUGACCGGCUGUACACCCAGUUCCAGAGGGCGCCCGAGCAGACGGAUAGCUUCCUGCUGAGUCACGCCAAGACGGAAGUCCUGUUCGUGGACGUGGCGCGUGCGUGGCUGCCCCAACAUCAGCAGGUUAACCCUAAAUCAGUUGACCCCAAGUCGGUUGACCCCAAAUCAGUUGACCCCAAGUCGGUUGACCCCAAAUCAGUUGACCCCAAAUCAGUUGACUCCAAAUCAGUUGACCCCAAGUCGGUUGACCCCAAAUCAGUUGACCCCAAGUCAGUUGACCCCAAAUCAGUUGACCCCAAGCCAGUUGACCCCAAGAGGUCAGAAACCGUCGCCAGGUUGUCGCAGUUGGUGGCCGAGGUUGAGGCGGAGAACCAGAACGUCACGUUCGCGUCUGCUGUCCGCCGGAAGUGGGUCGGGUUUCCGGAGAUCGCCGGCCAUGACUGCAGGACAGCCCUGCUCACUAAGACCAACAACAGCCUGUUCCCCCAGACGGUGGAGCGGGUCAGCCAGAUCCAGUACCUGGCCGACAGCACCGACUGUAAGCGCUUCAGGGACAAGUACGGCUUCAGCCGCUACCCCAGGGCCACGUUGGAGGAGAAAAGUUUCCCGAUAGCUUUCAUCAUCCUAUUUUAUAAGGAUCUCGAUCAGGUUUUGUUCCUGCUCCGUGCCAUCUACCGGCCCCACAACGUCUACUGUUUAAGCGUGGACACAAAGUCCAGCGUCGAGUUCUUGGAGGCGGUCAGAGCUGUGUCCAGAUGUUUACCAAACGUCUUCGUGGCCAGCAAGCUGGAGAACAUCGUGUACGCCGGCUUCUCCAGGCUGAUGGCGGACAUCCAUUGUAUGGAGGAUCUGCUUCUACAUCCGGUGCAGUGGAGGUACGUCAUCAACAUGCCUGGACAGCAGUUUCCGUUGAAAACAAAUCUGGAACUAGUGCGAAUCCUCAAACAGUUUAACGGUGCCAACGAUAUCGAAGGUCUGGUGGGGGACAUGCUAGUGUCAGACAGGUACAUCUACAAGCACGUCUACGUCACUGACAAAGAGACAGGGGAGCUCCGAGUGAAAAAAGUCUACACACUGAACGACCCCCCACCCCACGGGCUGGAGAUCAUCAAGGGCAGCACCUACGGGACAUUUUCGCGGGCUUUUGUAGAGUUCGCCCUCCACGACAAGAUAGCCGUGGACUUCCUCAACUGGAGCAGGACCAUCAAGAGCCCGGAUGAAUAUUUCUGGGGAACUCUCCACCACAGUAAGACGAUAAAUGUCCCCGGAGGUUUUAAAGGCCACCCCCAUAAAAAACCCUGGCUGACGUCAUUCUCCCUAUGGAGCACCAACCCCAGCAUCAAAUGCGCCACCAUCUACGUCCACAAGAUCUGCAUCUUCUCCCCUGAAGACUUCCCCCUCUUCGUCCACCGCGCCCAGCUGUUCGCCAACAAGUUCUACAUCACCCACCACCCCGCCGCCCUCCACUGCCUGGAUGAGCUCGUCUUUAAUCUGACGUUGUCCGGCACAACUCGGGACUUGUCGUUUUACCGGAACUUGCCGUUUGCUAUUAAAAAUAACACAAAAAGGAAACCGUGAAAAAUAAAAUACAACUUCCUUGUUCUGCUGCUAUGAUGAUGCUUAAGAAAAGUGAAAACGAUGAUUAGCGAAACAAAAGAUUUCUUUGGAUUAUAAAAAAGUUAAAACGAUGAUUAACGAAACAAAAGAUAUCCUUGGAUUAUAAAAAAGUGAAAACGAUGAUUAUCGAAACAAAAGAUUUUUAGCAUGUGCCGUGUCUUUCUAUGAUGAUGGUUAGCUCUAUUAUUAGCGAUUACGUUUUAAACAGAAAGGUGUGUUUGUUAUCGAGUUUAUUGGUGUGUAGUUACACUACAAGUAAUGCAUUACUUGUACGGGGUUAGGACCCGAUUAAGCCAGAGAGAUAAGACCCAAAGACCCACCUAGGAGGGCGGUCUGGGAGGGGCAAGGAAUUGUAGAGAUAUCAGGAGAGUGGGAUCACGGAGGGGGGAGGG